GGCACUGAUAGGCAGCACUGAAGGGCACCGAUAAGCAGCACUGAUGGGCACUGAUGAGCAACAAUGGGUCACAACCAGGGGCGGACUGACAACUCAUGGGGCCCCCGGGCAAUAGGGAAUCAUGGGGCCCCUGUGUCCUUGCCCAAACUCAAAAAAGCCUAUGAAAAAGGUACCAGGGGCAUCUCAUGGGGCCCCCUACUGGCACCGGGCCCUCGGGCAGUGCCCGAGUUUCCAAAUGGUCAGUCCGCCCCUGGU